AUGACGCCAAGCNUUGUCAGAGAGCUGUGGCUCGAGUCGUUGCCACGUCACGUCCAAACGACGGUAACGGCUCUGCUGGAGGACUCCUCAAUUGACAAAGCUGCAGAUAAGAUAAUUGCAUGUGUCGGUAUUGAGGAUAAUUUCCUCGUUGCCACGACAUCGCAACCGUAUAGGGGAAACAGGGAUAAACAUGCGGUACGACCUUCACAGUCACGACCACAUUGCAUACACCAGCGUUUGUCUUUCAAGGACAGGGUCCCGGUGCCCACAGCAAAACCCUAUAGGGCUAAGCCCAGGUCGGAACGGGCAGCACAGCCUGCCCGCGUUCGCCAAAAGCAACCAACGGCUCAGAAGCCACCCUCGCGCAAACCAACCGAAGCUCCGGAUGACCCCAGCGAGUGUUACUACUGGUUCGAUUGUAGCUAUGGACCAGGAGCUCGCAGUCGUUGGAAGCCCUGCACCUACGGGACGGGAAAAGUGUAA